AUGACAUCCGAUUUGUUUGGUACCCCGAAGAUGAUUGUGCCGUACGAGUGGAACUUUGAAUGUGUAGAAGAAGAACCGGCAGCAACAAUUGCAUCAAAAAUGAUUCUGUUUCGUGGGCAAAAAAUAUUCCGUGUGGGAUUGAAGAAUCACGUCCAAUCGCCCAUUUUGUUUUUCAUGGCAAUCAAUCUCAGAAAAAUCGGGAUGAAAGUGGAAGACGUAAAAUACGGCUAUAAAAAUGUAGAUACGAUCACGAAAAUGACAAAACAGGAUCUCGGAGAUGAAGGAAAUCUACAGUUAUUCACCACGACAUUUCUUAAAAAGAUCGUUAAUACUCGCAAAUUUAUUUUUCGAAUUUGCAUCGUAGGGGCUGAUCCCGGCUAUUCCUAUCAACUGUCCGAUCGUCUGGCCAAGGAUCAAUUGUGGGCUGCUCUAAUGAUUCAAAAACAUCUAGCGGACGUUGAAUUUGUCGUGAAGGACAAAACAUUUUCUGCACACAAAUCAAUCCUUGCUGCCCGAAGUCAAGUGUUUGCAGACGAAUUCGAGAAGAAACAACUGGGAAAAGAUGGUAUUCAACAGAUCCGAAUCGAAACCGGAGUGCAACCUUCAACUGUGUUGAAUUUUCUUCACUUCGUUUACACGGGAGAGCCGAUUGGAACAUUUGCAGAUGAAGAAUUGCUUAAAUUAGCUGAACACUAUCAACUUUCAACUCUGGCUAAUUUGUGCAAACUCGCUCUGGAGAAAAUAGAUGCCAUGCAAAUGGCGGUCCUCAGGAAACGUUUAAAUAGCAAUACUGGAGAACUUUCUUCUUCAAAAAUUAUGCCGGAGGAAGAAACAGAAAUAUUCUUUGAUCGAACGACGCCUACCUUCCGAUGCCCUUGGCUGUUGAAAAAAUCUGAAAACGGACAAUCCAAAAGUGUGAUGCAAUAUCUAAAUGAGAACAUUUUUAUCGCUUACUUCACUGAAGUAAAAGAAAGUGAAUCGCAAUCUAAACAAGACGAUCGUAGCACACCUGUGAUGCAUUUAACAUGCGCAAAGCAUCGAAGAUUCGGUUUGAAAGUUGAGGAUGUUUACUGUGGCAUGCAGGGAUUGGGUACGCGGGGAUACAUGCUAUGGUUAAAAAUGGAUCCGAAAUAUCACCAGGAAAACGCCGAACUACUACACUUCACCGAACAAGCUUUUUUGGAUCUUAGUAAAGCAAAUCUCCAAUUCCGAGUCUACUUUGACAUCAAAACCACCAGCAUGAUUGGCAACUAUAACUACGAGAUGAUGGACGACAAAUGGCCGACAGAUUUUUGGCUGGCAGCAACCAACCGGAAGUUGACGGAUGUCGAAAUCUUUGUCGGAACUGUUAAGCUGAUGGAAGCCCACCGGAUUAUUUUAUGCGCCCGGAGUCCAGUCCUGAAUGCAUCUUUAAAUAACAACAGCAACGCAACGAAAUCUAUCGUCACAUUUGGGGCUGAAUUUGAUGUCGAGAUUAUCAAGAAUUUUCUAAAUUAUCUUUACACCGGAUCUUUAAAAACGACUGACGGCGGCCAUCAGCUUAGUAAAUUGGCCGCAAUGUACCAAGUGGAGACAUUGAAAAAUGUGUGUCAACUAAUCAAUCGCGUACCAGAUGUUGAAGAACUGAGCGACUGUCUUAUUCAGCUAGAACCACCGGAUGAGUUGCCGUAAUUCUUUAAAACAAAAUAUUAUGCAACAUUUGUUGUUGUCGUUUAAAUACAG